AUGGUUCAAACCACCGAUACAAGCGUCAGUGGGACCAGUUCAAGGACAGUACUGGCUCCAGCAAACCCUUUUGCUACUAGACAAAACUCCUCAGCAGUCCAGGGCUUGGCCUCUUCUGCAGUACAACCAAACAGACUGGGAAACUGCAACCCACUCUCUACUUUCCAGACUCAUUUACAUCAGCAUCGUCUUUCCCUGUCCUCCCCUCUGAAGAGGAAACAUGAAGCACUUCAGCAACAGGAUAACGCUCUUCCCAAAAUCUGCCUAACAAGGCGUCAUCUAAAAUGGAAACCACCUUGUUCCUCACAAGAAAAGGCAAGGGAAAGAGGAGUCAGGCCCAGUACCUCCGUCCCUGAACAUCCAGUGGUUCCUCCACAACCACAGACUAAUGACAGUCCUUGGCAUGAAAAGGGAAAAGUAACAGAGGUACAUACACACUCAGAUGUCCCACAGCAAACUCGACAAAAGCGCAGUAAGUUGGAAUCCACCAGGAAUGUUUCCAAACUGACUCGAGCCUCUGUGACCUGCAAACUACCCCAGCACAAGCGGGCCAAUUAUGGGCCUGACCAUGACACAAAUGGAUCAAAAACAUCCCAUGACUGGGCUAAGAAGACUGAAACCCUGACGUCCGACCCAAGAGUAAAGGCUUCUGGGAAGCUGAGCACAAACGAGAAGACGCAGAUGCUUGAGAAGGCAGAGCAGGCCAAGACUCUGGUGCUGACUAUGGUGUAUCAGGACGGAGCCACACAGUUAGACCCAGAGCAGAAGCUCCCUCCAGCAGCGUGUGGGCUCCUCGUGCUGAUGAUCGGGGACCAUCUGGACCGCAGCACAGCGGAGGACUCUCUGGGGCCAAACGACAGUCUGGUCUAUUUAAAACUGUCUGAACAAACACCUGCAUGGGCCCAGCAACACACCCUCCAGAGCCAGGAGCUCUUCACUAGGGAUAUGCUGCUACAGGUGCUUUCAAGACGUCAACUGGUGGUGUGUUAUAAAGCCAAGGAUUUGCUUCGUACGGCUCUGCAGUUUUACAAAGGAGAACUUACCUGUAAACAAGUGGCAGGUUGUCGUAUCCAGGACCCACAGGUGUCAGGUUGGCUGCUGGAUCCUGCCGAUCCCUCCUCUUGCUUCCAGGAUCUUCUCAAUAAACACUGCAAAAGACCCAGAACAACACCUGCCCUGGGUGCAAAGAGGGUUUCUCAGAUCAUCUCCAGCCUCUCAUCCCUCUACUGGCUUAACAUGGAGCUAUGCUCUAAACUGCAGAACCAGAGGCUGUGGGAGCUUUACUCCGACAUGGAGCUGAACAUGAUUCCUGUCCUGGCAGCCAUGGAGAGUCAUCACAUCCACGUGGACAAAGAGGCUCUGAAGAGAAUGUCAGACCUGUUGGGGACUAAGAUGAAGCAGCUGGAGCAGGAGGCCCACAGAGCAGCAGGACAAAUAUUCCUGGUCACCAGCAGCACUCAGCUACGAACAGUCCUGUUUGAGAAGCUGCGGCUCCACGAGCGCUGCGAGAACAAGAAACUUCCCAAGACCAUCAACACACAGCAGCAGUCCACAUCAGAAGCUGCAUUGUUGCAGCUUCAGGACCUGCAUCCUCUUCCAAAGAUCAUUCUGGAGUACAGACAGAUUCACAAGAUCAAGUCCACUUUUGUUGAUGGGAUUCUCUCAUGCAUGAUGAGUAAGAACUACAUUUCCUCUACAUGGUACCAGACGAGUGUUGUGACUGGGAGAAUCUCUGCAAAACACCCAAACUUCCAGGCGCUGCCCAGACAGCCUCUUCAAAUCACCAAGAAGCAGUACAUCCAAGGAAAGGAGGAGGAGGUGGUGACAGUUCACCCCCGAGCCAUGUUCAUCCCUCAGAAGGGCUGCACCUUCCUUGCUGCAGACUUCUGCCAGGUGGAGCUGCGUCUCUUAGCUCAUCUCUCCUCCGACCCUGAGCUGCUCCGUGUUUUUACCAACCCCCAAGCUGACGUCUUUACCAUGCUGGCCUCUCAGUGGAAGGGGGUGAGUGAGAGUGAGGUGACCUCAGAGGAUCGGGAACACGCCAAGCGCAUCGUCUACUCUGUUGUGUACGGGGCAGGCCGCGAGCGACUAUCAGGGAUCUUGGGUGUGAGUGCCCACCAGGCCAGUCAGUUCCAGGACAGUUUCCUCCAGACCUACAGAGACGUCCAGGCCUUCAUCCAGAGGACCAUCCAGCUGUGCCACAAACAAGGUUAUGUGUUGUCCAUCAUGGGUCGUCGACGAACCCUCCCCAACAUCAACUCUCCAGAUUGGGGAAUCCGCAUGCAGGCUGAAAGGCAGGCUGUGAACUUUACAGUCCAAGGUUCUGCUGCUGAUCUCUGUAAGGUGGCCAUGAUCCGGAUCUUCAACCUCGUGGCCACCACCUCGCUCACUGCCAGGCUGAUAGCGCAGCUCCAUGACGAGCUCCUGUACGAAGUGGACGACUCACAGGUGGAAAACUUUGCAGCGUUGGUGAAGAGCACCAUGGAGUCCCUGCAGCACAUCGACCAGCUGGGCCUCCAUCUCAAGGUCCCCCUAAAGGUGGCGGUCUCCAGUGGGAAGUCCUGGGGGUCCAUGACUGAGCUUAAGAUCCCUUCAGCAUCUCCUUCUCUUUGAGUCCUUCCUCCUCCCUUCCUUCCAUCAUUACCUUUCCACUACACCUUUGUUCAACAAGAUACUUGACUUUCAACCCCCCCCCGCCCCUCUAUCUCUCUUGGUGUGUUCCCAUCUUCUCGUUCCACCGCUCCCUCUCUCGUAGCCUUUCUCUCUGCCUCUCUCUUCACUCGUCCUGCAUCCACAUCGCUAUGGAAACCAGGCAGCUGCAGCUCCUUCCAGCUCCAAAUUCGCGCUUCCACUCCAUCCGUAUCCGGGGGCAACGGCAGGAGCCACAGACUGGAUUGCACCAGUUCUCUCUCUCUCUCUCUCCAUCCUUAAAAAAAAAAAUCCUCUUCCUACUCGUCUCCUCCUCCGUUUUCACACUCUCUCGUUAAGACCAACACUGUUUUCUCUGCCUCGUUGCCAAGGUGAAGCUCCACAUUUAUCGGUUCAUGAAAUUGGCUUUUAGUUUGAUAUUUAAACGGCUAAACCAGUUUGGCUACGUGAAAUAUGUUGUUCUGCAUUUUCACAGACUUUUGUGUUUUUAUUGUUGUAAUACUUCGUUUGUGCUGAAUAAAAUUAGCAUUUCUCCUGUUCUUACAAAA